AUGAAAGGAAAAGGGAAGGCUCCAGAGGAGAAAGAGAAGGAUGGGGAUAUCAAAGACUGCCCACUACAGUUUCCAAGUCUGUGCACUGUAGACCAUGUGAUCGAAUGUCCAAAAUAUUGUCAAGUACUGGCACGAGAUGAUGCGGGCUUUGUCAGUGUAGAGGAACUAGACCAGAUUCAGGCUGACCUAGAAGUGCUGCUGGUGUCUGUAGGGAAAAGGCUGAAACAGCUGGGCUCUGAGAACUCCAUACUUGCUGGCUGGCCUGACAAGAAGGACAGCAAAAAGUCGGCCACUAAAGGGUCUGAGAGCCAGUCAACUACCCCGACCAAACGAAAGGGUACACCCACAGAUGAGAGAGAGAAAGAGAAGCAGUCCAGCAAAAAGUUCAGAGAUCUCAGUGGUCGAGGCGUGCAUCCCUCCACCCCAGUCUCUGGGCCUAGGAACAAAGGCAAAAACUCUCAGCAGUCCAAAGUGCAGUCUGAAGAUGCAACAAAUGGAGAUUCAAAUGUCACAGACACGCCCAAACUGCCCAAGAACGAUGCUGUCAACCGUUUUUGGGUGUCAGUGGAGCCGUACUGUGCCCCAAUAACCUCUGACGACCUGCGGGUUAUUGAGGAGAUGCUGAAGUCCUACGACGAGGAGACUGAGUACCUGAAGAUUCCUGCCCUGGGUGUCCAUUAUACUCAGAGAUGGGCUGAAGAAGAUCUCAUGGAAGAACAGAAUGAUGGUACAAAGUUGAGUGACAGGAAAAAGAAGAAAUCGCCAUCGAACAACGAAAUGAAUGUUACAACAUAUGCACAAACUGGCGUGCUCCUCAAAAAGGCAGAGUUAUGUAAAACGGAUUACUUCAUGGAUGACUCUCCAUUUGGACCUCUGACUCAGAGACUGGUGUCAGCUUUAAUAGAGGACAACCUCAUGACUCCAAUAGAUGACUCCAUGGCCGAUACAGCAGAAUGUGCCGACGAAGCUCCUGCUAUGUCUCCCCGGAUGCUGGCAAAACAGCUCAACAUUGGUAACCCAGCAACGCUAGAGAGGAGGAUCCGUAAGGAGCUGGAGGAGCAAGGCAUACUGGAGAAAGAAGAAGAGGAAGAAGAUGAUCCCAAUGAUGAGGUGUUAGCAGAACUGAGAAAGAAGCAACAAGAGCUGAGGGCCAUUAGCCAGCAGAAUGUCAACAUUCUCAAGUCUCUCUACAGGCAAGGGCAGGAGGAUAUGGCCAGGCAGGAGCUCAAGACCAAACUGCUGGCUGCUGAUUCAGAGGUCAUGGAGGCUUACAGAAAAAUCCAGAUCGCCAGGCAGAAGAAAAAGUCACCGACUAAGAAAGAGAAGGAAACUAUCGCUAAAGUUCUCAAGGACAGAGAAGCCAUCAUCAGGGCUUUAGAGUUGUGA